AUUUCAUUUUUCCGUGCAAAUGUCCGUCCAUUUGCAAUUACGCUUCAGCUCAAAAUUUUGUGAUGAUGGCAACGCUGGUGUCUAUCGCAGUUUUUCCUACCAAAGAAAAAUUCGCGUUGCUGAGUGGUAGCUGCUUAUACCUCGACGAUUGAUUUCUCGGAUUGACGCGUGCCGGAUUUGAAAGUCUGAAAGAAGAAAAUUGUGUGUAUGAAGAAAAAAUAACGGAAGAAGAAGUAGUUUGUCGAGUGAAUAUCAAAAGUGAAAAAUCCCAUUCUACAAAAUGUCGGAUCCAGACGCAUUAAACAUCGAUCAUUUGAUUGCUAUGCUGUUAGAAGUUCGUGGUGCAAGACCAGGAAAAAACGUUCAACUAUCGGAAAAUGAGAUAAGAGGCUUGUGCCUAAAAUCUCGGGAAAUAUUUUUAUCUCAACCGAUUCUGCUGGAAUUGGAAGCGCCUCUUAAAAUAUGCGGUGAUAUACAUGGUCAGUAUUACGAUCUGCUGCGUCUUUUCGAAUAUGGUAGUUUUCCACCAGAAUCAAACUAUCUCUUCCUGGGCGAUUACGUUGACAGAGGAAAGCAAUCAUUGGAAACUAUAUGCUUGCUGCUUGCGUAUAAAAUUAAAUAUCCAGAAAACUUUUUUUUGCUUAGAGGAAACCACGAAUGCGCCAGUAUCAACAGAAUCUAUGGGUUCUAUGAUGAAUGCAAGCGGCGUUACAAUAUUAAGAUGUGGAAAACAUUCACCGAUUGCUUCAAUUGUUUACCAGUGGCAGCAAUUGUGGACGAGAAGAUUUUCUGCUGUCACGGCGGGCUUAGUCCUGAUCUUCAAUCGAUGGAACAGAUUCGUCGUAUCAUGAGACCGACGGAUGUCCCAGACCAAGGAUUACUUUGUGAUCUUCUUUGGUCCGACCCAGACAAGGAUACCAAUGGAUAUGGUGAAAACGAUCGUGGGGUCAGUUUUACUUUUGGCGUUGAUAUCGUCGGCAAAUUUUUAUCUAAACAUGACUUCGAUCUAAUUUGUCGGGCUCAUCAAGUCGUCGAAGAUGGUUAUGAAUUUUUUGCUAAGCGUCAACUAGUAACCCUCUUUUCUGCACCCAACUAUUGUGGUGAAUUUGAUAAUGCAGGUGCAAUGAUGUCCGUAGACGAUACGUUGAUGUGUUCUUUCCAAAUUCUAAAACCAGCUGACAAACGCAAAUUCCAGUACGGUGGCAUAAAUUCAGGUCGACCGGUCACACCACCAAGGGGUUACAGUAAGAAUAAAAAGAAAUAAAAUGGUAAAGCCAACGCGAUAAACUAAACAACAUUAUAAACUGAAAACAUAACAUACACGUUAUAACAAAUUAAUCUACAUGAUGACUUAUGUAAAGUUAAUUCUAACACUAAAACAUUGAGAAGAAACAUACGACAUAAUUAUUUAAAAUUAAUUUAAAGGAUAGAUUGCAAAAAUAAACUUCACAUAAUGUAAA